CUCCACAACUUUUUUUCAGAUCCUACAACCUCAAGACUCACCAGCAAACAAAAACACCAUACAACCAUAGCCGGAGUUAUUUCAGCCCUUCAAAGACUUCGCAACUAUCGGCAGAGUACAUUCUCAUCUCGAUCAUAUUCUCGGCCGCACCUACCACAGAAGAGAAAGGCGUCCGCACAGUCAAGCAUCGUCCAAGUCACCUGCGUCUAAUACUCAAGGGCUGCCAUCAUGGCGCCCAUGACAGCACCUUUGACGCCUGGGUUUGCCAGCUUCCAGCGCUUCCUGUCCACAGAACCUCUGGAUUCCUCUACCACAUACCUUGUUUCACUGUUAAAGAGACGACAGCUGAAAGGCUCAAAGCGAUGCGCCGCGGCAACUACACUUCUCCUUCUCCGAACAGUCGAACUCACCAAACAACCCGACUGUGACAGACUCCUGCAAAGGGUGUCUGAGGUUGGCAAGAAGCUGAUAGCUGCUGCACCACAUGAGCCCGCAGUUGGAAAUAUAGUACGAAGAGUCCUCGGCAGUAUACGUGACGAAGACGAGGAUGAAGCAGCCGGUAAAGAAGGAGACGGGGACUGGACCCCAGAACGCGAUGACAGCCCAAUCUGUGCUACACCACUCGAACGAGCAAGUUCACCGCGGACGCCGUUCGGCGCACCUAAUGGCCCUUUUGGAAGGUCCAUGGCCAGCGUCAGUCCGUCACCACAACGAGGGCCUGCUCGGCCCCCUCUGAUGUCUUCGCACACUGGUGCACCUGCCCCUGCUCGUCCUCCGAUGACAUCCAUGUUCAGCAUAAUAGCCCAUCCAACCAUGAGAAUGUCAGGCCAGGACUCACCAGGGCAAGGCAGCGGUAGUGGUACUGUCACACCGCGCAUGAGCAUGUCCGGGACGCUCUCAAACUUGCGGGCGGAGGUCAUCAAAGGCAUCAAGGAGAUUCUUGACGAGAUCAACGAAGCCGACGACGAAAUCUCUGCGGCCGCACUGGAACAAGUUCAUCCUCAAGAGACAAUAGUCACCUACUCGUCCUCUCUAACAGUGCAGAGAUUCCUGCUGAAAGCAGCCUCAAAACGAAAAUUCACCGUCAUACACGCAGAAUCAUAUCCGAACAACCAUCAAAAGACUCACGCUCUUUUGACCGGCAGUACCCAAGAAGAAGCCGAGGACGACGACAUCUUGCCCAACGAGUCUUUUUCAAAACCGCUGACCUCGGCCGGAGUCAACGUCAUUAUGGUUCCAGAUUCCGCAAUAUUCGCCGUCAUGUCACGCGCCACCAAGGUCGUCCUUGACGCUCACGCUGUGCUCACAAACGGCUCCCUCGUCGCCGCCGCGGGAAGCAAAGCUGUAAUUAAAGCUGCCCGUUUCCACCGUGUUCCGGUCGUCGUACUGGCUGCAACUUACAAGCUCUCGCCUACGUACCCAUACGAUCCUUACACGUUAAUCGAAUAUGGCGACGCAAGCAAAGUGGUUCCGGUGCAAGAAGGCGCACUACGGGAAGGCUUGAAGGAUGGCGUUAGGAAUCCGCUGUACGAUUUUGUCGAGGCAGGAGACGUCGACUUGUUUGUCACCAACCAGGUACCCGCUGUUGUGAGCACGGGUUAUCUGUACAGAGUCGUCCGGGAGCAGUACCAUGAUGAAGAUUUGGAAUUAUGAUGAUAGCCAACUAUGAAAGUGGACUGUUUGCUUGCGAAAAUGGGCGUACCGCUGCAUGUCAACGGCAUGUGUUGCAUAAGGCUUGGGGAUGGCGAGAUAACUUGCCU